AAAAGAGAUGUAAGCGGACCUCUCCCAGUAACAAGGACUAAAGUAAUAGUUGUGGAAAUGGUUUCCAUGUAACAGAGAGGGAUUGACCCCGGGAUUGACGGCAGUGACCUCUGUACGUCAUAGCUUAUCAUUGUGACAGACUCAGAAGCAGGGGAUCCUAAUUACGCAUGACAGAUCCUCGGAGAGACGAGGAUGAUCUCUCUCCAAAGGGGGCGCCGUAAUCCACAAGCUGUCAUAAGACGAAGAGUUGUGUUUUAAACAUUCCUUGUAACAGAUCUGGUCUGACUUAAUGUGUCGGAACUUGUGAGAGGAUUAUAAUUUUUAUGCGUUAUUGAUGGUGAGGUAGAUAAAGUGGUUUUAACUUCACUAGAAUUCUAAAUUGGUUCAUGCUGGGUAACGGUGGGAUAAAAAGAAAAAAAAAUAUUCGACGGAUGUGAGAUACUGUUUUCCUGAAGGAUGAGUGGCACGAAUUCAUCACUGACAGUCAUACUGACAAUGAAUUCCAGUAACAAUAGUAACUUCUGUGACCCAUUCCCGUACCCCUCGCCGUUUGAAAUUUAUGCCGUUCUUUGUCCAGCUAUAGCCUUAUUAACUCUUUUUACCAAUAUUUUAGUUAUUGUUGUUUUCACGAAAAAGCAUCUUCUCUCUCCGACAUCUGUGCUUCUGAUUGGCCUGGCCGUCAGUGACAUCUUGGCGGGAAACAUAAUAUCACCACCCUUUAUCUACGCCUAUGGGAUAGCCGACACUAGCCAACCACUUCCCUACCCUAUGUGCUUGUUUUACGACUAUGGAAGUAUACUAGCCGCCCUGUUUCAUCAGACAUCAGUUUGGAUCACCAUGGCUCUUGGCAUUCAGAGGUAUGUGGUUGUGUCCUUCCCAAUUUUAGGCCGGAGAAUCUGCACGAUUAAAAUGUCCAUUGUUUGGGUGAUUAUCAUCGCUAUCGCGGCGCUUGUUAUGUAUUCUAUCACAUUUUUCAGUACAACAUAUGAUUCAGUGGAAAUUGACGGUAAAUCAUUGUGUGUUUGCAUGGAAAAUCCGCAUUUCUCUGAUAUUGUACAAAUUUACAAUGUUUCACGUGGAGUUUUCGGACAACUUAUCCCCUGCGCUGUACUAACUAUUACAACAAUAUUGCUUGUUAGACGCCUGCAUAUCACUAAAAAUCAAAUGGCAAAAAUAAGAGCUAGCGAAAACAGAGAAAGAGAGAAAAAAGACAAUCGUUCUAUGAGGAGGACAUCUUACAUGGUGAUUGCCAUCGUUUCCUGUUUCCUGUUGGCAGAAAUCCCUAACGGCUGCUACUUUGUCGCCAAAGCUAUGAACCUCUCUAUCUUCUCUCCUGACGCCGAUUUGAAGUUAUCCACAGUUUUGAAUGUACUGGUAUAUGUUGUCAAUCAUAUUAAUUUCUGGAUUUAUGUCUUCUUGAGUAGACACUUUAGGCGAUCUCUGAAGAAGAUUUUACGCUUGAACUGGUUAUUUCACGACUGCCGCAGAGAGAACUCCAAAUUGGAUUCACGUCCAACAACCCUUUUUAGUAGCCAUUCUCUUGGAUAAUUUCUGUUUUUAUAUCCAGUUUAUACUAGUCUCAAGACUACAAUUUCGUAUUAGAUAUGAUAUUUCUCCAUUCAUUCAUUGAAAUGUCA